AUGCCUCCCCUGGAGCUCGUAGCCCUCACGUAUCGUUCCAUGUACGUGAAGAGGCAGGAGCUCAGACGUACAGGGGAUGCAGGUGAGGCGCUCGCCGGAACCAUGCGGCGCUCGAAGCACCAGGCUCGGCAGCUCCUCCUCCAAAGAUGGCAGAGGCAUUUGGCAAAUGUCAAAUAUGAGAGGAGGACUGUCGGGGCUGUCCAGCCCUGCCUACCAGAGGGGGUAGAUAGGGCAUUCGGGACCGUGACAUUCAGGAUGACACAGGUACUCACCGGGCAUGGUUGUUUCGGUGAGUACCUGUGUCGUAUAGGCAAAGAACGCAUAACGCAUUGCCACCACUGCGAUUGCGAUCACGACUCCGCGUAG